CUUCCUUUCUUCGGCCCUUCUUCUGCUUCUUGUUUGUUCGGUUCCUUUCGCGCCAUGUCUUAUGUACUGCACCGUCCUCCGUCUCCUCCUCCGCCCCAGGAGGAAGACGCUCUCCACGCCGCCCUUCAUGCUGCUUUGCGGCCCUUCGAUCCAAACCAACAAGUCUUGCCCCCUCCCCCAGAGCUCGCUCCUCCAACACAACAAACACGCGACCGCCACGACAUGCCACACAAGGAGAAGUCGGACAGGCACCCCCACCUCGAGAUCCAUGUCAACUCCGAUGUCUUGUGCCUCCGAGGCACCGGCGUCGACGUCCACCCCGCUCUACUCAGCGGUAACGUAGUCCUGCACCUCACAGAGCCCACCUCCAUCAAGGAAAUCACCCUCCAGUUCAGAGGCAAGGCCCGCCUGCCCAUGGCUGCCACAGAAUCCCUCUCUCUCAGCUCUUCUCAGCUGACCUACGUCGUUUGCAAUCACGAGUGGUCCUUCCUCGAAGGCGACCGACAUCACGCGCACACCCUCAAGGCCGGCCGCCACCUGUUUCCCUUCCAGCUCCAAAUCGGCGGCUCCCUCCCGUCGUCCAUCUACACCUCUGCGCUCGGCGGUGCGUCCGUGCAGUACAAGCUCCGCGCCCAGGCCGUGCGCGGCGGCUUCGGCUUCGCGCACCGCGACCUGACCGUCGUGCACCCCAUCGUGAUCAUGCGCGGGUUCGGGUCCGAGGCGCUCGAGUACCAGCAAACGCUCGAGAUCGAGAACACCUGGCCGGAGAAGCUCAUGUACUCGAUCAUGAUCCCGCACAAGGCGUGGGCGGCGGGCGAGCGGCUGUCCGCGGUCGUGAAGUUCCAGCCGCUCGUCAAGGGCGCGCGCGUGCUGCACGUCACGACGACCGUGAACGAGACCGUCAAGCUCUGGGCGCGCACGGGCUGCCAGGAGAACACGCGCGUGAUCGCGACGACGAAGCACGACAUCGUCGACGGCAAGGCGGUUUGCGUCGACGAGCAGGUGCACCGCUUCCGCGUCCCCCUCCUCACAGGGCACGGGCACGGGCACAGCGGCCAGCACAGCGGCCGCCACUCGACGCCGAACACGCCCGGGCACGCGCAGCAGCCGCUCUCGCACCAUUCCAACAGCGGCAACGGCUACUUCCCGCCCGUGCCGUCGACCAGCUCGAGACCGCAGUCGCCCUCGCACACCCCCGCGGAGCUCGCGCCGCUCACGACGACCACGACGCGCUCAUCGGCGUCGAGCGGUGGCCCCGCGCCGUUCUCGGUCCAGAUCAGUCCUGAACAGUCGGCCCACCCCUUUGCCAACGCGAGCUCGGUCGAACUUCCGCCGCAAGCUGGGCCGUCGUCCGAGCCUGCCGACGAUGAUACAGAAAUAUCCACGGACGUGGUCACGACGCUGAACGUCACGGUCCCGAUCCACGCGACGCCGAGCCACUCGCUUGAGCCCAUCCAGGUAUCGCAUCGCGUACGGUGGUCGAUCCUGAUCGCCAAUCUCGACGGCCACACUUCGGAGCUGCGCUGUUCGCUGCCGAUACACGUCCUCGACAGCCGCCUCGCGGAGGAAGCGCGCGCCGCAACGCUCGCGACGCGCAGACUGCUGCUCGGCUCCUCCGAGGUCGAGGGCGGCGAGGCGGUGAUCGGGGACGAGGAGCCGGAGGCCGACGUCCUCCCGUCGUACAGCUCGCACGUCCGGGACCGCGUCGCGAACGCGUACCUCCCCGACGCCGCCACGAUGCGCGUCGCGAACGCGUGGGUCGUGAAUGGCAUCAGCCCGACCAUGCCGCACGUGCACUCCAGCGGGCUCGCCUCGGAAGCGUCGAGCGGCCUCGCGAGCCCCGCGGCGUACGAGACGUGGCAGGUCGGCCCUGGACAGGCCAGGCCGCCGCGGAGCGAGCACCUGCCGCACGAGCCGUCCGAAGGCGCCACGCCGCUCGAGUGGGUCAACACGGAGCUCCUGCUCAGCCUCGGCCGCGAGGCCCCCGAGGCGCCCCCGUCGAUCCUGCAGCGGACGACGCCCCCGAGCAGGACGCCGCCCGAGCACAGCGCGCGCACGAGCAGGCACGGGAGCCGCUUCCCGAGCCGACACGGGAGCCGCGCGAACUCUCGCGCGAACAGCCGCGCGGCGUCCCCAGAACGCUCGUCGACCGACCUCGCGUCGCUUUCCUCGGGCACGGACGGCAGCAGCACGGGCGCGAGCGCGCGCAGCAGCAGCAACAACAACAACAGCAUCAGCAGCAGCAACGAGACGUUCGUCCACAGCCACAGCACGGCGAGCCGGAACACGCACGGGCUGUUCAACAUCGCGAUGAAGCCGUUCACGUCGCUCACGUCGACGUUCUCGCUAGGCGCGCGCUCAGCGUCGCACGCGAACCUCGCCGCGCUGAGCGCGUCCGCGAGCCCCGCGGGCGGGUCGGGCGCGCAGACGCCCGCGCCCGCGCCGGAGCAGAUGACGACGCGCGAGAUGCUGCACCACGCGUUCACGCAGGUGCCCGACUACGAUAUGGCGAGCCGCGGCUUUCUGGGCGGGGGCAUCAUCCCGCUGUCGAGCCUGCGGGAUCUGCCGACGUACGAGAGCGUCGCGGGGGAGGCGGAGGAGGGACCGAGGGCGGGCAGCGGUGGGGCGAGGGCGGGCGGCGGGGCGAUCGCGAGCGGGGAGAGGAGCUUCAGCGAGGGAGACCUGGCGAGCAUGUUCGCGGCGCAUGGGAUCGGGACGGCGGCUUCGCGGGGGCAGAGGGCGCAUCGCCAUGGCCAUGGGGCGCACGCGCACGCGCACGGCCGGUCGGGGUUGGGCAGGUCUGCGACGGCGGUCGCUACGCCUUGAUGCCGUGUGCCCUCUCCGUCAAAGGUUCCUCGUGCCGUGUCUAUCAUUAUUAGGUCCCGUCGUCUGGCCCUCGCUUCGCGCUCCUCGUAUGGUCUCUCAUCGCCGCUCCAUAUUGCAUCGCCGAUCGUUGUCUCUCCCGCCUCCCCGUACAUAAUGCCACCCACACACAGAAUAUUCACGCAAACAAAAGCAACAUAGACCGCCCCACUCACGUACUUGAACGCCUCCCAAAAAUUACGAAGACUCACGACCUAUAGACUCCAUCUCCAUAGACUUUCAUACUCCCUCGGUCCCUAUUACUUGUUGUCUCCCGCACAUGUAUUCACACCGCAUUUACAGCUACAGUCCCAUAGGAAGUCUUCUUCCUAGUGUCCCGUUCAGCAUCGGACUCCUACUACUACUCGUACAGAUACGUACGCAUUUGUUGUUUUCCUGAGAUCUGGGUUGUCAUCAAGUCGUUCGCCGUUUUCUAUGAUCACUGGCAUUGACACAUUGGCAUAUAGUAUAGUGUUCGCGAAGGGUGGUAUGUAUGUACUCAGGGCUUGUGAGUUCUCAUCCAUCGGUGACAUAGAGUGACAUACGUUGUUAUAGGGUACCAGGAA